UAAAGAGUGAGGACGGAAAGAGUUUCGCGAUCGGCGAAUAAAUCUUAAGCGCGAUCGGAUCAUAGGAAGCGAGCUAAGUAAGGUUGUGAAGAAGGAACGCGCGAGAGCGCGGAGCUCGCUCGCUAAUUAGCGCCGAUGAAAUUAGCAGUUAAUAUACGCGUAUACACACGGAAUGGGGGUAGUUUGAUUGGGCCAAUUCGAGGCAAUUCCUGGCGAUUGCUGGUUUCAUUGAGCCUGCGCUUAAGAGCUCAGUGCCAUGCUGCCGGUCAACGGACAUGGAUCUCUUCUUCGAGUACCAUAGAACGAGUAAGAGGAAUGACCAGGAGAAAGAAGAGUGUUCAUUAUCAACUAAGAAAUGUUAAAUUCGAGGGAUAUAUGAGUGAAAUUAAAGUUAACAAUUGUGAUUAUGAGAUAGGAUGAAGUGCGUGAUGACACAUUUGUCAAGAUUUUUAGCGGGGAAAAAAGGAAGAAGAAGAAAAUGGCGGCUUAUGGUAUAACCUGACCUCGAAGAGAGAAACAUAUAUAUAUAUAUACAUACAUAUAUAUUAUUAUAUACUAUAAGCACAUCUCUCUCGUAUAUACUGUACUCUGCGUGUGUGUAUAUAUAGAGAUAUAUAUAUACGUACAUACACACAUACACACACACAGGGAGAAAGACAAAGAAAUAGAGAGACGUGAAAGAAAGAGAAGUCAUGUGGGAAAUCCUCGAUCGAGGCCAAACAGUUUCCGAUUCCCACGAGGGUUUCAAGAGAAGGAGAGAUGCAGGCCGAUUUGUGGAGGGCCUCUCGUAUCUAAAGUCCGGCCCCUGGGGGCGGAACAAGAAAGAGCCACGGAGAGUGGCACGAGAGGCACGCGAAGAGAGAUACAAGAAGAAGUAACAAGUACGUCGGCGCAGGACGUCGGCGCACACGAGACCUCUCCCAAGAGUAGGUGCUACAUGAUUGGCUAACCUCCAUGUGUGGGGGCGGCCUAACGGCGCUUCGACGGCGGCCUCGUUGAAAAUAUAAGCCUGUGUGAGUGUCCGCUGAUUAGCCAGAGUCAGGACGGAUCGUCGAUAGUGCGAGAGUCUAACUACGCGAUAGAUCUUUCUUUCUCUCUCUUUUUCCCUCUUUCUCUCUCUUUUUUCUCUCUCUUUUUUAUCGUUUUUUAAUUUUUUGUUUUUGUUUUUUUGGAAGAUUUUUGUUUCAUUUUGUUUUGUUUUUUUUUUUUUAAAUCAAUCAUCUCGUUUUACGUCAGUUACCUACAGAAAGAGGAGAAGAAAGAAAUCGGAGAUCUCUUUGGGUCCGUGAACCGUUCUCCAAUUCGUUUAAUUUCGUUUAGUUUCGUUUAGUUCGUUAUUCCUCAUCCGUCCUUACCAUCCAUCCUUCUCAUCGUCCUGUUCACUUCCAAGGUCCUCCUCAUACUCGUGCUCCCAUUAAACGACUGUAUAAUAUCCGAUGGACACCGGUCUGUCUCUCUAUCUCACUGUCUAUAUAACCGACAGUUUACUUCGUUAAGUCCGCUUAAAACUAAUCAAAAUUAAUCAUAACCGGGCAACGAUUGAUACCAAUUGCUUUGGAUUCCAUUAGAGGCGCCAAGCGGUUAACGAUCGCCUCUCUUUCUAUAGCUUUGCUUUCCUUAUUAAUGAGGAUUUUCUGACCUCGAAUAAGAAGGAUAAACAAGAAGAGGAAGAAGAAAAAUAUAAAGAAGAAGAAGAAGAAGAAAGGAAACGAUAAUCAUCAUCAUUAAGAUUCUUCAUUUGGAUCAACGCAAUAUUCUUCAAUCUUCAAAAUCAUCUGUUACUGCUGCUGAUUAUGACGAUGAUGAUGACAACGAUGAUAAUUGUGUGAUAUAAUUAUCAAAGUGAUUCACUUGGAAUCGUCGAAAUAUAUUAAAUUUGUCUUCUUGGAUUAUCAAUUAAGAACGAAAGAAUGGACGGUGGUCCGUUCGACGAUCCAAUCUUUUCCGACUUUGGUGGUCGAGGUGGUACCGGAGUUCACAGUAUUCAAGUGAUGCUAGGUUUACACGGUGGACAUCAUGGAAAUGACUUGAUGCCGACCGGUGGACAUCUUCAUAAGUUGGACUCUUCGAAUAGUCCACCGCCGCAUCAUCAAACGGCUCAUCAUCAUAUGCAGCAACAACAACAGCAGCAACAGCAGCAACAGCAACAACAGCAACAGCAGCAGCAGCAGCAGCAACAACAACAACAACAACAAAAAGAAUUAAAGGAAUUAGAAUUAGCUGGUAUGUACGCGCCGUUACCUCAAACUCCAGAUGUAACAACCUCGACGACGACCACAGCAACGCCUACGUCUACAACGUUGCAACAAGGUCUUCAACUUGGUAAUUCUCUAAAGAGAAAACCGGACGAUCCUAUGAAUCCUCUUGCACCAGUGACCGGCGAAACGCAAUCGGCUAAAAAAGACUCGAAAAAGAAGACCGAUAAUAAUGGAAUCAAAAAGAAAAAAACCAGAACUACCUUUACGGCAUAUCAAUUGGAAGAAUUGGAAAGAGCGUUCGAACGUGCACCUUAUCCUGAUGUUUUUGCUCGUGAAGAAUUAGCUUUAAAGUUAGCACUUUCGGAAUCUCGAGUACAAGUCUGGUUUCAGAAUCGACGCGCAAAAUGGCGGAAAAGGGAACCGCCGCGAAAAACUGCCGGUUACAUGGCCGCUGGUUCUGCUAGUCCUGGUCUCUCAGGUUCAUUCACGUCUUUGAACAACACGUUGAAUCCAUUUGCAUCUCCAGCGACGGCAGCAGCGCCACCCGACGCUUGGACAUACACUCCGGCUUACGAUUUGGCGCCACACUUGAAUCUCUUGAGUCCUUCUAACUCGCCAUAUACGACGUCUUUUGGUGGUCCUAGUAAUAAUGGAUCAGCAUAUUCUUAUGCCACGAUGUUGCCUCAACACGAUGCUUCCUUAUUUUCUGCACCUUCCAGCAAUACGAUGCGUGUUCAUCAGGAUUACAUGAAUGCUAGUAAUAGUCCGCCACCACCAUUAACACGUAAUGAUUAUCAGACAAUGGUUACUACUACUCAUUCACCUCCUACUCAUCUUGGUGGUUCCAUGUCUGAGGAUGAACAUCAACAAAAUAAACAGUUGGAUUACGUAAGUGGUCUCAGUCCAGCCGAUAAGUAUCAGCACGAUCAAGCUGAUUAUUCGCAGCAACAGCAACAGCAACAGCACGAUCAGAAACAGGAAUAUGGUAUGCAUUCACCUCAAGGACGUCAAAGUAUAAAGGAUCAGGUGAUGGUCAAAAGCGAACCAAACAGCCAACAAAGUUACGUGCAGUUGCCUCCUUUUCUCAACUGACUCGAAAGCCAAUUUCUAGAUUUCUUCUAGAUGGCUUUUAUCGUUACUACUCGACUUUACCGUGUGAAACCUUAUCUCUAAAAUCUCAAGACGAUCAUGAUUCUUCCUCCUUAAUGUGACUUUCUUUAUUUUUUAUUACCCAGAAUUUUAAUUUAGGGGAUUAUUCCUCUUCAACGAUACGAGAUAGCUUUUGUGUACACGGAAGGUGUUAAACUUUUUACAUUUUUGUUUCUUUUUUUUUUUCAAACUUAUUCAUACUAUGCAAAUUAAUAUUGUUAGUCCAUUAAGAUAUUGUGCUUUAUAUGAUAUAUGUAUGUAUAGCAAGUUAAUCAGCGUGUUUCUUCGCGAUAUACGAUUUGAAUGCUAAAAAUGAAUGAUUAUUAAAAAAUUAAUUUUAAUUAGCAAAUUUAUUUGCUUCAAUAUAUAAAAAUAAAAAUUAUUAUUAUUA